AAUGACAUGUCAAAAACUUCAUCUUCACUUGCUAAUUUCAUUUUCGCAGGUUGUAUUUUAAAAGAAAUCCUCGUAUUUUAGGUUUAGAAAUCUCAUACCUGUUUACAUAACGAUAUUAAUACAAGAACAAGGGAGCUCUAAGCAUUAUUUCAAAUAGUUGUGUAUUCCUGCUGAAGUAAUUUGUUGUAGUACCGGUAUUAUAAACUUGGAAAUUAAGUAUGAGCAAUUUGCAGAAAAUGAUCCGCUCGUGGAGGACUGGAUAUAGAUUUAUUUCUCCUAUGAUAUCAAUUCAAAUCAAUAACACACAAAGAGUUAUGAGAAACUACAGCCAUAAUAACAUUGAAAAGGAUAUAAAAGUGGCACCAGUAGCUACGGAACAUGAAGAUCACCAGUAUGAAGAAAAUGUUAAGAAUCUUAUCUUAGAACAUUCAUUACAAUUUGUGUCUAAGAGUGGAUGGUCCGUGGAGUCAUUGAGCGCCGGUGCAAAAGCUGCUGGUUAUCCUACAAUAACACAUGGUCUCUUUCCAAAUGGUGGUGGAGAUCUUGUCCAUUACUUUAACAUUAAAUGUAAUGAGCAAUUAGUGGAGCAAAUGAAAACUUGGCCAAAGGAAAAUGUAAAGGAUAAAGUACCAGCGCAGUUUGUGGAAAAUGCUAUUAUAACAAGACUCUUGAUGAUUGAACCAUACAAGGAUACUUGGCCUAAAGCUAUGGCUAUACAAACAAUGCCUAAUAAUGUUCCGAACUGUUUGGCAACAUUGUUAUCUUUGGUUGAUGAUAUAUGUUACCACUCUGGAGAUCGAAGCGUUGAUUUUAACUGGUAUGUUCGUCGUGUAGGUUUAGCUGGUAUUUACAAAACAGCAGAGUUGUUUUAUUUGACUGAUAAUAGCCAAGGAAAUACUGCUACAAGGAAUUUCGUAGCUUCUAGAAUACGAGAUGCUCAACUCGUACAAACUGCUCUCAAUAUGAAUCCAGUGGCUGCUGCUCCACAGACACUCACUGCCGCUUUUGUCACAGCUAAAAAUAUUUUGGGCAUCAAUACACUGAAGUAAAGCAGUUACAGAUUUUGACAAUUAUUUAUUAUAUUAAUAGAUAUGUGAUUUAUGAAGGUACAAAAACUUGUUAAAAUUGCAUAUUAUUCUUUGUUUGAUUAGAUAAGUAUUGGCUUACAUGAUAAACUAAAACAAAAAUACACUGAGAGAUUAGGCAUUUUGGCCAUGUACAAUAAAAUAACUAAACUAGAUACUUUUGCCAUUCAUCAAGUCUGUGAUAGAAGCAGUUAUAUUUCUGUUUGAAUUAUGUCUCAAGAUUCAGUAUGCAAAUAUAUUAAGCAGUUGUUAAUAAACAAUUUGUUGUCAAGCUGUUACUAUUAAUAAAUUGUGAUUGGAAAAAGUAUAAAA